GCAUUCUUUUUAAAUGUCAAUAUUAUUAUGUCGAGAUCCAAAUCACGCGACGCAAGUAAUAUCGGUCGAAUGGCUGAAAAAACCAAAAGUAUAAAUAAAGUUUGUACGAUUGACAAACACUUUUCUAAUAAUCUUAUCUUCAGAGAAAGUGUAAUCUGCCAUAUGGUUUUAUUGAGACAUACUAUAUCAUUUUUAUUCGGUACAUUAACUCGAUCGUUAGAUUACGCGUGAGAUGGGAAUAACCUACUACUACGUCAAUCUAGCGCACAGUGAUGAUGACUUAUAUUGCCCUUCUAGUUCGUAUUUUGUUAAUUUCCCCUGUUGCUAAAGUCGUACGCAUUACGAUCGAGAAAGGUGAUGAUAAACAGCCUUAACAGCAACUUAAUAUUGUUUCGUUGAGAACGGACAUUGUCAGGCAAGCUCACUUUCUGAUUUUCAUAGGCCUCUUAAUAUUUGACAGCUCCACGAAGUCGACCGAAACGGCGAUCUGGUAAUAGGAGAACAUGAUACGCAAGAAAGUAAUCGUGUAUACGUUACGAAGUUGGCCGAAGUAGUGGGCGGGUUUACGUAAACGGCCGAAGCGGAUGGACCAAUCGCAAGGCAAGACAUGAAGGACCUUUACGAAGUCGUACGAAGUACUUUACGUGUGGCUACGAAAAAAGCCGAAGCAAGCCGCUAAUUGCGCGAUCUCCUUACUCUCAUACGUCUCCUCGUAUCUCCCCAGCUCCACGAAAUCGGCCGCAACAGAGUUCUUAUAGCAGGAUAAUAGAAAGUACAAAGAGAUUAACGCUAAUCUCUUGCGAUAUUAUGUUCUCCUUGUAAUUCGUUCUUUUUGCGGCCAAAAUUCUGUCUUUCACGAACUAGAAGGAAACAAUAUAGCAUCGUUUAAAAUACAUUAUAGAACGUUCAAAUGAUUGUUUUUUUUUUUUGAGCCGAAUAACCUUUUUCGUAUAUUCUAAGCAAGAUGCAUUUGAAUUUUGAGAAAAGAAUUGACAAUCAUUUGUAUCCUUGUUGAAAGUAAACGGAAUAAAAUUUACUGAGAGAUACGUAAAAUAUGCGCAAUGAAUUUUUAACGAUUGUUCGUUAUAAAAUACAAAAGUGCGUGUGUAUCUCCUCGCGAUGAGACCUGUACGAUAUUGUACAAUAUUGUAUGUGAAAAUUAUUGUUAUAAACGAAGCACAAGUAUCGUCGAAUUAAUUGUUAAGUUUAUAUUAAAUUUAUCAUUAUUUCUAUACCAAAUGAAAAUACAUUUGACAAAUAAUAGUUUUACCUUCUCGUCGACACUAGGCGCUGCAAUCAAUCCUCUCACGGUCUGUCGGUAAAGUCGAGUGAGAGAGCUUCGAAGCGUUCGGGUUAAGGUUAUGUACUUUUAUUGUUUCGUCAAUUUAAUAGCUACGUUUGUUUCUAAUAAUAAAUAUUCGUUACGAUCCGUUGAGAUUCCUAUUGAAAUAAACGAAUGCGAGGAAUUUGUUGUUAUUUUGUCUUAAGUAAUUGUUAGUUUUCCGUUUUUAGAGCAGUCAGUAUUUGUAUUUAAAGAAAGAAAAAUAUUCCUCGGAAAGCAUCAUAGUUUCUUUUUAACCGCUGACUGUAAAAUUAAUCAAAAUCUUCCUCUGAAAGUAUCGUUGUACUCUGAUAAAAUAUGAUACUCCUAAGAGGACUAACUUGUAUCUUACUUAGACGGUAUCGAAUAACAAGAGUAUCUAAUAAUUCUUAUUUUUGUUGUUAUAACGUUGCAUUUAAUGUUAAUGUUAAACAAUGUCAAUGGUAUUCUACGAAAAGGGAUGUAACUAAGAUAGAUUCCAAGGAUACUAAAAACAAAGUAAGCACGGAUUUUGUGGAAGUAGUUAAGCAAAAUACAAUAUCUGCCGGAUACCUAGUAAUUAUAGCAGUGGGCAUUACACUUUCUAUCUAUAUCGGUUAUUCCAUACUACACGAAUUGUUUUCUAGCAACAGUCCGUACGGAAUUUACAAUAGAGCUUUGGAUCGUUGUCAAAAGAAUACAAAAGUUCUGGAUGCUCUUGGAGAACCUAUAAAAGUUUAUGGCGAAGGAAGAAGAAGAAGAAAUCAUUUCAGUCAUGGUUUCUACGAAAAAGAUGGAACGAAAUAUUUGAGAUUGAAAUUCUAUAUGGAAGGGAUAAGACGUAGAGGCACCGUAUAUGUCGAAGCAAAAAACGUGUCCGAUAAUUACGAAUUUACGUAUAUAUAUAUGAAGCUGGAUGAUGUUCUUGGAAGUGUUCUUACAAUAGAACCCAAUGAAAAGUAGGAAUCAGCAGUGGCGACGAAUGAACGUGGCUGCGUUAAUUAAUUGUUUACAAGUCUUGCGAAUUAUUCAAAGAAAAUGAAUUGUACAUAUAGGAGGUAUUAUUUCUAUCCAUAGAAUAAUACUCAUAUCGUAUAUGAGUGUUAUUCAUUCAUUAUUCAAGAUAUAUCGUAACAAUAAUAUAUGUAAUUAUAUAUAAAAUGUGCUGAUGUCACAUA